GGCGCCUGUUGGAUUUCCUAUUGUUUUUUUUGAGUACGCUUCAUAUUUUCUUUUGCCCACUUCACGAUAGAAUCAACCGUAAUAACAGAAUCUACGAUUUACUGGGAGGACAUUACAGGAAAUGGCAGCGCACGACUACUAUCUGGGCACACAAGGCGUCCAUGAACUUCUAGGAACAUCACCGUACAUGAACACGCCGCCUCCAUCAUAUUCUGCGCAUCCUUAUCUUCCACCACCACCACCACCGAAACAACAUAAUGGCUACACACCCCACCAACCAUAUCCCGAAAAACCAUCCCAACAACAAGCAAUGAUGGCACCCUACCCUCAAACACCACCACCAGGCGGCUACUUCGCCUCACCACCAUCAAUCCCACAACCGCAACCCCAACUCCAACGCCAACACAGCAGCUACCUCGGCGCCCCCCUUCAACCCUACAGAAGCCACUCUCAACCCGCCCGCCCGCCAUCACCACCACCACCAUCAUCACCACUACACAACCGCGACCGCGACCGCGACCGCUCUUCCUCGCGCCACCACAACCACAACCACUCCCGGCGCCACAAGCCCUCGAAAUCGCAUUCCUACGAUAAAUCCCACGACGAGUCGCACAAAACGCGCGACACCUUUCUCGGGGCGGGCGCAGGCACGCUCAUUGGUGAUGCCAUCUUUCCCGGUCUAGGUACGGCAGCGGGGCUGGUGCUGGGCGGCUAUGGGGGUCGCAAGUAUGCGCUUGAGAAGAGGAGGGGGGAUGAGGCGAGUGAUGGGGAGAAAGGAGGAAGACGGAAGAAGAAGGGGCAGGACGGGUGGGAUGAGAGGUGUAGGAUGGGUAGGAAGCGGUCGGCUGCACGAUAG